AUGCAAAAUAAUUUUCGAAAUCACUUGGAUCAUAUCAGCUAUCAUCAAAAAUCAAAAUAUAUCACAAUAAUUUACGAUUUAUUUCCGAAUGAUACGAGCAAGUCUUAUCAAGUUGAAUUUCAUUCAGAAUCGACGAUUCUUCGAGAAGUUUCUUCAAAUGAUUUCACGAUCACUAUACUUCACCCAUCUACCAACUUUUCAUCAAACACCUUUUCAAUUUCUUCUUCAAACAUUGUAAUUCUGCUUGAUAAACUUGAUAACAUAGAAUGGAAGUCUUUAAGGUUUAAAUUCAAUAAUGAAGAAAGUUUAAUCGAAAAGUGGUUUCUCACAAAAGAAAAUAUACAAAAAUGUACAAAAAUUUUGGAAAAUGAAACUAAAUGGAAUAAAACCCUUUUAUCACCCGACAUCAAAUCAAUGCAAGCGAUACGUGAUAAAGAUGGGUUAAUUGUCCAAAUAAAAGCUAGGCCUUCCUCAUCAUCAUCUGCGGUAUCGUUUAAAUAA